AUGGUCUUCCUAUAUUGGUCAUUCUGGACUUUGCUUCAAGUUGGUAGUACUAUUGCAAUUUUCGGUAUUGGAUUGGCAAAGUUGUGGUUGUAUAUGGGGAGGGAGUCGCUUCCAGUCAAAAACCAAGCUACUUCGAACCCUGACUACUGGUAUCUACGCAAUAGUGUGGCAAUUGGAACACCGGUUUUGAUCAUAGCCUGCCAAAGUGAACCCAACGCUGAAGCCGAAAACCAAGCCAGCACGUCUUCCGUCCCAACUGCCGAACUCUUAGGGUUUACGCUCGAUAAUCGUUCCAUCAUCGCGUUCCACAGAUUAUCUGGCGCACCUCAUCCCAUGGCUCGUCACUUGAGUACUACUGAUGACGGUCGUUCAAUGUACGUAUACGGGGCCAUACCGACUGAUCCCACUGAUGCCGAUAUCAACAACAACUCUGUGAGACGCAGUUUGCCUAUGGCUACUGGGAAGAUGGAACAUCUCGUUCCAUAA